AUGGACACACUCGGGGCCGCCAAAGGCCAUCGCAAGCCCAAGGCCGGCGCGAAGGUGAACAAACAGAAGCGCAAAGCGUUCGAGAAGCAGAAGAAGGCGCAGCCGUCCCUCGCUGAGCAACGCAAGAACCCCAAGGCUUUUGGCGUCGCGAAGGCUGGGCGGGCGCGCAAGACCAUUCAGCGCAACUUGGACCGUGCCCAUCGGAAAGAGUAUGUCCCGCAACAGGAUCGUGGCGAAGAGCUGCCACCGCCGAUCUCAGUGGUGGUCAUGGGUCCACCUGGCAGUGGCAAGAGCACUGUCAUCCGUUCGCUAGUCAAGCGGUACACACGCCACAAUCUCGUGGACGUGAAAGGUCCGGUGACGGUUGUAAGCGGCAAAGACCGUCGGAUCACUUUUUUCGAGUGUCCGAAUGAUUUGAACGCAAUGAUUGACUUGGCCAAGAUUGCAGACCUCGUGCUGCUGCUCGUGGACGCGAGCUUUGGCUUUGAGAUGGAGACAUUCGAGUUCCUCAACAUCCUCCAAGUGUCGGGCUUUCCCAAAGUGAUGGGCAUCUUGACGCACUUGGAUGGGUUCAAAAAGAACAAGAGUCUGCGCAAGACGAAGAAGCGACUGAAAGCGCGAUUCUGGACGGAAAUCUACCAAGGAGCCAAGUUGUUUUACUUUUCGGGGAUUGCUGCCGCCAAGUACCCGAAAGGCGAGAUCAACAAUUUGUCGCUGUAUAUUUCGAGGAUGAAGUUUCGACCGCUCACGUGGCGCAAUUCGCAUCCGUACAUGCUCGCCGACCGGUUCGAGGACGUUACACCACCGGACGAUAUCCAGCGCAAUCCACUGACGGAUCGACGGGUGACGUUGUAUGGCUAUUUGCGAGGAACGCACUUGAAACCUGGUAUGAAGAUGCACAUUGCAGGUGCGGGGGAUUUCUAUAUGGAUAGCGUGACUGCAAUGCCUGACCCAUGCACGAUGCCAUCAAGUAAGAAGAGCGCAGACGGGACCGUGAAGAAGAAACACUUGACGCAAAAGGACACGCUGUUGUACGCGCCAAUGUCGGAUGUUGGCAGCAUUAUGUUCGAUAAGGAUGCCAUGUACAUUAAUUUGAGCCAGCUAAACUACACGAACCCGGAUACUGGUGAUGUCGUGGCCGACGAGCGAGAUGUAGACGACGUAGAUGGCACGACUAAGAACGGCAUACGCAUUGGACUGGGUGGUGAAGGCGUGGAAAUGGUUCAGACGAUGCAGAAGAUGAACGUUGGUCUCGAUGAGAGGCUGCGGGGUGCCAGUUUGUCGCUUUUCAAAGGCACUGCUGCAAUUCGUGCGGACGAAGUGGACAGCGAGGAGGACGAAGAGGAACGGAGUAGCGACGAUGGCGAUGACGAUAGCGAAGAUAGUGAAGACGGUGACGAUGACAAUGAAGAUGGACAGCCAACUGUUGGCAACCCGAAAGAGGUUCUUGCUCGUGACAGCUCUGGCCGGAUGCGUCGACGAGCAGUCUUCGACGAAAGCGAAGAGUCAAGUAAUGUAGUGAAGGGGGGUGUGGUUUCCGACUCAGAUGACGACAGCGACGACGAAGAUGUCGAGGAGGAGGAGGAAGAAGAAGAAGAAGAAGGAGAGCAAGUGGUCACCGAAGAGCAGUCGAAGCUGCGGUGGAAGGAGGACAUGGUGUCUCGUGCCGCUGCCAACUUCUUUGAGCGUGAGCAGGCUGAUGUGAACCUGAUGGAGCUCGUGUACGGUGAGCGCCAGAAGUUGCACAUCACUGAGCGCGAAUUGGAAAACGAGGGAGAAGCCAAGACGAGCAAGCAUGCUACAGAGGGUGACAGCGACGAUGACGACAACAACUUCUUUCGUCUAAAGCGCAAGUCGGAUGCGUUGGGAUUGUCGUCAUCAUCGUCCGAACGAUACAACGCUAUCAACGCAAUGGAUUGCUCACGCUUGCACUCGGACUCUUCUGGAGAUGCGCGUGACUGGACUAACGCUGAUAUCCUCGAGAGCAUUCGUGACCGAUUCGUGACUGGAUCGUGGAAACGUGUGAGCAAAAAGAGCAGCAGCGACGACGACGAGGAGGAUGUCGACGAUGUUGAUGCUGAUCCCUUGAACGAUGACGAUAUGGAUGGCUCGUUUGAAGAUUUGGAGAGCGGAACGGUCCACACGGGUGCCGGUAGUGAACGAAACGAUGGCAGCGACAGCAACAUAGGUGGCGAGGGCGAUGUGAAUGAGGAAGAGACCGAUGAAAGCAUUCGCGAACGUCUUCGUGCGCAGAAAGCAGCGAAGCAGACUAUCGUGGACAAUGACGACUACGUCGAAGUAGGUGGCCGCACGAUAAACAAGAAUGACGAAGAUGAAGAAGUGACCGAGGUCAUGGUCGAAGCAAAGCGUCUUCGCGAAGAGCAGGCAAAGCGUAAUGCCGAGGAGUUUGGUGAAGAAGGCGAGGACAUGCGCUUGCAGCUAGAGGGCUUUCGUAACGGACUUUACGUUCGAAUCGAGUUUUCAGGCGUGCCCGCUGAAUUUGCUCGACACUAUGAUCCGACGAACCCGAUCGUUGUGGGCGGAUUGCCGAACAUGGAAGACGUACUUGGGCUCGUGCGGAUGCGCUUCAAGAAGCACCGUUGGCACAGGAAGAUACUGAAAACCAACGACCCGCUCGUCUUUUCUAUCGGCUGGCGACGAUUCCAGAGUUUGCCUCUGUACUCUAUCGAAGACACGAACGAGCGUCAUCGUUAUCUGAAGUACACACCGGAGCACAUGCAUUGCCACGCCACGAUUUUCGGCCCAAUGUGUCCUCCCAACACGGGUGUGCUGGCUUUUCAGACACUGGCAAACAACGUGGACGGGUUUCGUGUCAGUGGCACUGGCGUGGUAUUGGAGCUGGACCACAAGUUUGAUGUCGUGAAGAAGCUCAAGUUGAUUGGUACGCCGAGCAAGAUUCACAAGAACACUGCCUUCAUCAAGGGCAUGUUCAACACGGACUUGGAAGUCGCCAAGUUUGAGGGUGCUAGCGUUCGCACAGUGAGUGGUGUGCGAGGGCGCAUUAAAAAGGCACUUCGCGGCGAGAAGGGUGACUUCCGAGCUACCUUUGAGGACAAGAUUCUGAAGAGUGACCUCGUGUUUUGUCGCACUUGGGUACCUGUGGAGCCCAAGCAGUUGUACAAUCCGGUGACGUCGCUGCUCACAAACGUCAGGGGCUCAAGCAAAAGUACAUUGGGACUUAUGAAGACCACGUACGAGCUGCGCAAGGAACAAAAGCUGGCCGUUCCUGUCAACCCGGAUUCUCUGUACAAACCUAUCGUGCGCACGGGGCGCAAAUUUGCGGCACUGAGGGUACCCAAGAAGCUGCAGGCCGAUUUGCCAUUUGCCAGCAAGCCCAAAGAAGACAAGAAGAAGGGGGCCAAGAAGGGAUAUCUAGCAAGUCGAGCAGUGGUGCUCGAGCCCGAGGAGAAGAAGAAGUAUGGUUUCUUGCUGCGCGUGAAUACUGUAAGACGUGAUCGAGAAGCUACACGCAAGGAACGACAGAGUCAACGAAAUGCUGAGGGCCUGAAGCGGAAGCAGCGCGAAGAGAUGCAGUUUGAGAGCGUGCACAAAGCCGAAAAGAAGGCCAAGUAUCGGGCCGAGGGCAAGGACGCUGCUUACCGUGCGAAGAAGACAGCAGCGCAUUGA